CCAUUUCUUCUGCCUUCGGUCUCUGUGCCUUUCGCAGAGCUUCCAACAGCACCAUGCUGGCACAGAGCAUCCGGAGGUUCACAACCUCUGUUGUCCGUAGGAGCCACUAUGAGGAGGGCCCCAAGAAGAAUUUGUCAUUUUCAGUGAAAAAUAAGUGGCAGUUACUAAUUAUGAUGACUUUGUACUUUGGAUCUGGAUUUGCUGCACCUUUCUUUACAGUAAGACACCAACUGCUUAAGAUGUUUUAA